UCCACACCUAAGUUCAGUGGCAGGCCGCCUCUAAUUUCAUUCGGUUUGUGCACAUUUUGUUUGAAAGACGCCUAAAAUUGUUAGAUGUUAUUUCAUGUAUUGUGCCCCAUGUGCUAAAAGUCGAUCCGCCAUUUUACGCAGAGAUGUCGACCUAUUUCGGGGUCUAUAUCCCGACCUCCAAAGCGGGCUGUUUUGAGGGAUCGGCGUCCCAGUGCAUCGGCUCCAUAGCCGCAGUGAACAUAAAGCCAUCCAAUCCGGCGUCUGGAUCGGCAUCAGGAGCAUCCGGAUCGCCAUCCGGCUCGGCUUUAUCCUUGCAAUUGGGUAACUCAGAAGAUGGCAAUGCUGCCAUCAAGUACGAUGAUCCCGACUAUCCACCGGACUCGCCACUGUGGCUGAUCUUCACGGAGAAAUCCAAGGCGCUGGACGUCCUGCGACACUACAAGGAGGCGCGCCUCCGCGAGUUUCCCAAUCUGGAGCAGGCGGAGAGUUACGUGCAGUUUGGGUUUGAGAGCAUCGAGGCGCUUAAGAGAUUUUGCAAGGCCAAGCCCGAAAGCAAGCCCAUUCCGAUGAGCGGGGGCGGUUACAAGAGCUCACCGAGUUCGACGGACAAUUCGUACUCCUCCUCGCCGACGGGCAGCGGAAGUGGUUUCAUCAUUCCCCUGGGAAGCAAUCCCUCAAUGUCCAAUCUACUGCUCAGCAGUUCACCGACUUCUUCGCCGAGCAGUACCAGCAACAUCAUUGCCAAUGGCCGACAGCAGCAGUUGCAGCAGCAACAGCAGCCGCAGCCGCAGCAGCCGGAUGUGUCCGGAGAAGGCCCUCCGUUCCGUGCGCCCACCAAACAGGAACUGGUAGAAUUUCGCAAGCAAAUCGAAGGUGGACACAUCGAUCGGGUCAAGAGGAUUAUAUGGGAGAAUCCACGAUUUUUGAUCAGCAGCGGUGAUACGCCCACCAGUUUGAAGGAGGGCUGUCGCUAUAAUGCCAUGCACAUCUGCGCCCAGGUCAACAAGGCCAGGAUCGCUCAGUUGCUGCUAAAGACCGUUUCGGAUCGGGAGUUCACUCAGCUUUAUGCUGGCAAGAAGGGCAGUGGCAAGAUGUGUGCCGCCCUCAACACCAGUCUGCUGGACUACUACCUAAACAUGCCGGACAAGGGGCGUGGCGAAACACCUCUCCACUUUGCCGCGAAGAACGGCCAUGUGGCCAUGGUCGAGGUUCUCAUUUCCUAUCCGGAGUGCAAGUCGCUACGAAAUCAUGAGGGCAAGGUGCCCAGUGAAAUCAUCUGUCUGCGUAAUGCACAGGCUACACAUGUGACCAUCAGGAAGCUUGAGCUGCUCUUGUGCGAUCCGUAUUUUGUGCCCGUACUACGAUCCCAAUCAAACACACUGCCGCCAAAAGUGGGUCAACCGUUCUCGCCCAAAGAACCGCCGAACCUGCAACACAAGACGGACGAUUGCGAGGGUCUCAGUGUGGACCUGACAAUCAGUGCGCUGGCAGGACCCAUGCCCCGCGAAAAGGCCAUGAACUUCUAUCGCCGGUGGAAGACACCGCCACGGGUCAGCAACAAUGUGAUGUCGCCGCUGGCUAGCUCACCAUUUAGCUCGCCGGUGAAGGUAACGCCGAGCAAGUCGAUCUUUGACCGAAGUGCUGGAAACUCGAGUCCAGUCCACUCCAAACGUAGGGUGCUCUUUAGUCCAUUGGCGCCGACGACCAGCUCACCAAAACGCACGACGACCGUGCCCAACGGCAGCAAUGAGUGCGAGAACAACAAUAAUAAUGUGAAGCCAGUGUAUCCGUUGGAGUUCCCGGCCACACCCAUUCGCCAAAUGAAACCGGAUUUAUUCAUGGCCUAUCGCAACAACAAUAGCUUUGAUUCGCCAUCGAUAGCUGAUGACUCCCAGUUCCUGGACAUGAGUCUAAGCCCCAGCAUGAAUGCAUCGCUAAAUGACAGCUUCCGUGAGCGCCACAUCAAGAACUCUGAUAUCGAGAAGGGUCUAGAGGUGGUUGGUCGCCAACUGGCACGCCAGGAGCAGUUGGAAUGGCGCGAGUACUGGGACUUUCUCGAUUCCUUUGUGGACAUUGGUGCGGCCGAUGGGCUGGCCCGCCUGGAAGCGUAUUUCCUGGAGAAGACCGAACAGCAGGCGGAUAAAUUAGAAACGGUCUGGAACUUUGCCCAUCUGCAUCAGUAUUUCGAUUUGAUGGCUGGCGAUCAACAGCAGCAACUCCGAAAGGAUAGAAAUGCGGCUGCGUCAGCAACCUCGCCAUCCGCCGGAGUCAUGACUCCGUACACAUGCGUAGAGAAGUCGUUGCAAGUGUUCGCCAAGCGUAUCACCAAAACGUUGAUCAACAAAAUCGACAACAUGGUUUCCAUCAACGACACGCUGCUCUGCGAGCUCAAAAGACUGAAAUCGCUGAUUGUCAGCUUUAAGGAUGAUGCCCGCUUCAUUAGCGUGGACUUUAGCAAGGUGCAUUCGCGUAUUGCCCAUCUGGUGGCCAGCUAUGUUACCCACUCGCAGGAGGUCAGUGUUGCCAUGCGCCUGCAGCUGCUGCAGAUGCUCCGAAGUUUACGUCAACUGCUGGCCGACGAACGAGGCCGGGAGCAGCAUUUGGGCUGCGUGUGCGGCAGUCUGUUGCUGAUGCUGGAACAGGCACCGACCACCGCCGUGCAUCUGCCAGACACUCUGAAGACCGAGGAGCUAUGUUGCGCCGCCUGGGAGACGGAGCAGUGUUGCGCCUGUCUGUGGGACGCGAAUCUCAGCCGCAAAACCAGCCGUCGCAAGCGCACUAAGUCGCUGCGUGCAUCCGCCGGUGUUCCAUCGCAGGGUCAACAUCAAGAUACAACGGGAUCCCUGAACGCUUCUCUAGGUCUGGGAGCAUCACGGGUGGCCGUCGUUGCGCCCAUCUCGAAAACUGCUUGGCGCAGUCAACAAAGCGACGACGAGGACUACGGCAGCGACGAGGAAGUAAACUUUUUCGACUGCACCGAUGUGACGCCACCGUAUGGAAGCAGCAGCGAGGACGAGGAAAACUUCCAAACACCGCCGCAGAGCUUGUCGCCACGUGUGUCCGUUGAUUUGGAACCGCGCUAUGAGUUGUUUAUUUUUGGAAACGAGCCAACCAAGCGGGAUUUGGAUGUGCUGAAUGCCCUUUCCAAUGUGGAAAUUGAGAAGGAAACACUGCCGCAUGUCUACGCCUGGAAGACUGCCAUGGAGAGCUUUUCCAGUGCUGAAAUGAAUCUCUUCCCAUCCCCAAAGAACGUCAAGGUUCAAAAGCCGGAGCCUUGGCAUUCAGGAACCAGUGCUAGCCACAACAGCCAGCCAUCGCUGCAUCCCAAGCGUCUGCUUGCCACGCCCAAACUGAAUGCCGUGGUCGCCGGCAGACGCGGCUCCGGGCCACCGACGACGCCAGUUCCGCCGCGUCUGGCGCGAACUCCGUCCGCCGCCAGUAUUCAAGUUGCAACCGAGACGAAUGGCGAUUCGGUCGGAUCCGUUGUCACUCCGGCAUCGCCGCUUUUGAGUUCUGCCGCCUUGUCGGCAGCGACGCAGUCAUUCCUAACACCAUUGAACAAGGUGCGCGGAUUGUUUAGCCAAUAUCGCGAUCAACGGGCCUAUAACGAGGCGGACACGCCGGUGGGAAACAGGAACGGAAACGGCAUGGUCCCGGAAACCGGAAACGGAAACAGCGACUGAUAGAUGAGAGGCCGCCUGCAUACUUACCCCCAGAAUACCUUGUGUCACCCUUUAUCCCUUUUAAUGUUAGUCGCAUGUAUAUUACUUUUUUUUUAUACAUUAUGAAAAUAAAAUUCAUGAACAAAGUGAAAUAAAAAACGAAAUUUUUGCUACCAAA